GCUGCACCCACAACUGCAGCACCCACGACUGCUUCACCUACAACUGCUGCACCCACAACUGCAGCACCUACAACUGCUGCACCCACAACUGCAGCACCUGCAACUGCUGCACCCACAACUGCAGCACCUACAACUGCUGCACCCACGACUGAAGCACCCACGACUGCUUCACCUACAACUGCAGCACCUACAACUGCUGCACCCACAACUGCAGCACCCAUGACUGAAGCACCCACAACUGCUGCUAGUCCAACAUUCGUCGUGACAGCAGCCUUGUCUGGAGAAACAUUUAUUGAUGCGUAUAAUAACAACACAAGCCCUGAAUACAAACGACUAGAAACAAAACUUAUAUCAACGUGUUCUAAGAUAUACAAACCCAGAUUUCCAAACACAUUUUCCCAUUGCAAGGUGAAAAAGCUCAGGCCUGUAGAAGUAAGGGCGACCGAAACUGAGGCAGAGCUGGCAGUUGUGUUCGACAGCACUACUGCCACUGCAGAUCUCCCACAGAAUAGUGAAGUGACUCAAGUCUUAGUCGAAGCUGUGACUAAUACCAGCAACAACUUCGACGUGAGCAUAACUCCUGCCUCAGUCACAAUUAUAUCAAGUCCAUUCCUAGAUACAACUGCUGCACCCACAACUGCAGCACCUGCAACUGCUGCACCCACAACUGCAGCACCUACAACUGCUGCACCCACGACUGAAGCACCCACGACUGCUUCACCUACAACUGCAGCACCUACAACUGCUGCACCCACAACUGCAGCACCCAUGACUGAAGCACCCACAACUGCUGCUAGUCCAACAUUCGUCGUGACAGCAGCCUUGUCUGGAGAAACAUUUAUUGAUGCGUAUAAUAACAACACAAGCCCUGAAUACAAACGACUAGAAACAAAACUUAUAUCAACGUGUUCUAAGAUAUACAAACCCAGAUUUCCAAACACAUUUUCCCAUUGCAAGGUGAAAAAGCUCAGGCCUGUAGAAGUAAGGGCGACCGAAACUGAGGCAGAGCUGGCAGUUGUGUUCGACAGCACUACUGCCACUGCAGAUCUCCCACAGAAUAGUGAAGUGACUCAAGUCUUAGUCGAAGCUGUGACUAAUACCAGCAACAACUUCGACGUGAGCAUAACUCCUGCCUCAGUCACAAUUAUAUCAAGUCCAUUCCUAGAUACAACUGUUGCACCCACAACUGCAGCACCUACAACGGCUCGACCUGCGACUGCAGCACCUACUACUAUAGCCCUUAUAACAAAAAGGGUGACUUUCAGAUCUGUUCAAGACACAUUUACCAAUGAAUUGCUGAAUCCAUCUUCUGCUGCUUAUAAAGCUCGGGCGACAAUGAUAAAUACUCAGCUUACACCUGUUUUCAAAAGGGAAUUCCCUUCGUCCUUCAAAUCCCUAGAUGUUGUUUCAUUCAGUAACGGAUCAAUCAUCACCAUCAUUGAUCUCUCAUUUGAAAGCACAUCUGCUCCUACUAGCACUCAGAUUGCGAACGCUUUGAUCAACGCAGCUUCAACAGUCCUUGGAUUCGACAUUGAAGGCAGCUCCAUUGGCGUAAAUGGCAUAUCUUCCAGUGGAGUAAGACACAAGAUCAGUCUUGUCACCGCACCCUGCCUAUUACUGCUUUCAUGGCUACUGUUAAACCAGCAAUAGCAUUAGGGCUGUUUUUACACAGUAAUCACAACAUGACUGCCAAUGCUGGUAUGAAAAAGGAUUUAUUUUUGUUGUUAAAAAUCCCAGAUUUUUUGAGUGGAAGUCUUCCACAGCUUCUGAUGAACUUGCUUUUAGAAUUAACUUUGCAUUGACCGGACCAAUGAAGGACAGUGGAAUAUUUAUUUUAUUUUCGUAUUAAGGAUUAAACUUUAAGCACCUAGUCCAUUAAGUGAUACAUCGUAACACUAUGGCCACUAUAUGGCACUUUUACAAUAUAUGCCAAAAUGUAUCCAUUCACAAACACACCAUACACUGAUGGCUGCUACACAAAGUCCCAAACUCAUAUGAAUGACUGAAAUGCUCAUUCCCACACACACACACACACACACACACACACACACACACACACACACACACACACACACACACACACACACACACACACACACACACACACACACACACACACACACACACACACACACACCAGAUGGCUGUGCCUUGGUGUUCAGUAUCUUGCCAAAAAACAAUGCACUGUCAUUUAUUUUUAUUUAUAGAGAGUGUUUAUGUUAUCAUCCGUGGACAUAUUCUUUGAGAUGUCUUUGUACAAUUGCUGUCACAAACUUUACAAUGAUCAGAAUACAAAAUAUUUAAAGAAACAAAA